AUGACGGAUCAGCAAGUUGUAUUCAUGAACCCCCAAAAUGAAAAUUUGGAUCAUUUAUACGAUUUGAUCCAUCAAAUAUGUCGUCAGAUGGAUGAGAAUAAGCAAAAAAGGGCAAGGUUGUUAAGAGAUGUUGAUGUACUUGCGAAUCAACUGAACGCAAGAUCUGGUAACGAAAACAUUGGUGAUGCAAAUAUCCCAGUUAUAAGUGACUUCAUUGCUCGUAGAGAUCAUACUGCUGCGAGCACAAUUGGAGUGGAGAGUACUCGAAUUGGCAUGUUGAGGAAGCAAAACGAUAUACUCCGAAAAAUGCUGAGGAAUAAAUGUCUGGUGAACAAUGAAACCCUUAAUCUGUUGAAGAUUCAUGAGGAGUAUCUAUCAGACGCCGUGACCUUAUUACGACAAGAUGUGCUCUCCUAUCGCCAAGACUUGGUGCAGCGGUGUAGAUCAUUAUACGAAGAUGGUUUAAUACCUUUAGAAGAUCGCGAGUUCGAUGAAUAUUUACUCAAUGUAAUGAAUAUUCAAGAGCUUCUUGAUUUAUCAAGUGCGUUUAGGGCUCUCUUAAGGGAAACGUAA